GUCUUGCUUUUUCAAAUCAAAUUGCACUAUUGUGCUGCCAGGCAUCUUUCAUUUGUGGCUAUUGAUGUGAGAGCUUUUAUUCCAUCAUGCUUUUCCUUGUUCCUAUCAAGCAGUUUUGAUAGGAACAUCAAGCAGUUUCGAGUCUUUCCACUUUACCAACGCUCUAACUGAUAUGUGAAGGAAGAAUGUAUUAACCAGUGUUAUAAUAGCUUUCGGGGCUCUUUUUUCCUUUCUUAAACAGUGGGUGCUGAAAUAUCGGUACAGUUCUUGACUACCUUGCCCACCAUCAUUACUAUCCAUUAGCUUCAUCACCACCUCCAUUGUUAUCGCCAUAAAAGCAACGACCAAAACCACCAUCGAAACCACCAUCGAAACCACCAUUAAAACCACCAUUAAAACCACCAUCAAGAAUCAAUACAAUUAGUCGCCAAGAAUCGCCAAGAAACGCCACGAAUCGUCAUGAAUCUUCUUGAAUCGACAUUUGUUGAUCGUUAAUCGUUAAUCGUCGAUCGUCAAUCGCCAUCCAUGAUCUAUCGUCAACUUGAUCAUCCACGUAAUCAUCCUCACUAUUCAUUACUUUGUGUAUGACAUGAAUAAUAAAUUGUGUUGCAAAAGAAUCAUGCAGUUAUACUACAUCCUCUUGUACUCCAAAGAAGCCAUCUUCAUCAGCCAUCAUCAUCACUUUGAAGUGUGUGACCGCAUACUCAACCUCACUGCUAUAAUCAUACAGAAUGCUGCAUGCUGCUGCGAUUGGGACUCGUGUUGAUUGUACUUGUCACCUAUAGUUAAAUUUGCGAAAUAUUUCGUGCAGGUGAACAUAUGAAAAUGCAAAUUAUUCCCAAUCACCUCUUUUUGAGCUGUGCGUUUCUAAUAGCAUGCGGCAGAUGUCUUUUCGUGGUCGUUGAUUUGAAAAGAUCACUUCUGGUGAUACACUUGGCCAUUUUCUUGUUUGCCUCUCGAGAAGCCUGUCACUCUUCAUCUGCCUUGGUGAAUCGCAGUUACCUCGCCUACGCUCGCUAGCCAUUCCAUCUUGUAUAUAUAUAUAUUGGUCACUGUUCAAUAAAUUUUUUAAUGCCAAAUUGAAAACAUCAUCACCCAAGGAUCUGGUUGCCGCGCAAUUUUCAUGCUGUAACAUAAUGCCUAUAAAGCCAACAAGAAGCAGCUUGCCAGCCAGCAGCUUGCCAGCCAGCAUCUCUCGAAACAACACUGUACGGAAAUUAACUCCUCCCCCUUAUCAACUUUAUCUGGAAGGAAAGUUAAGGCUGCAUUUUCGCCCUUUCAAGCUUGGUACAGAUAAGAUUUCACCAAGUCCGUUAGCCAAGUCCGAUUUCAAGAGAAUUCUGAACAAUGAUGGUUUCAAACCCAGCCGUGCUAAGUUCAACUCCUCCAUGACGCGCUUCCGGUGCAAAUGCCCGGACUGUGGACCAAAUUUAGCGGAAUGUUCCUCUGGAGUAGGAUGUUUUGUGGGACAGACCUAUGAUAUCCGAACGAGAAAAGUCCUCGACACAACCUAUGGCUGCCUGCAUGACGAAAAGAUAGAGCAGAUGACCUUUACAUGCGGCUUUGAUUAUAAGAAAGACCUGUCACAAAAAGAGACACUGUUUCAACAUGUUUCAGAGAAGGCAAUGAAUGGCGUCCUUACGAAGUGUUGCAAAUCUGACUAUUGCAACGCUAUUGUUCCACCCAUACCCAAAAAGAAUAUAUCAAACACUGUUGAAAGCCCUGUCACACCCUCAAAAGAUCAAAUCUACACCGAGAACAUGGCAAUAAGUAUUGGUGCACCAGUUGCAGCCUUCGUCUUUUUGUUGGUAAUUAUUGUCGCCAUUUUCAAGUAUUUCCAGAGAAAGGAAACUAGCUUCUCAAAAGAAAUUACUGUUGAUAACGCUGGAACAACGUUAAUGGCAAUACCCCUUGGUGAGGAUUCUCUGAGAAGUCUCAUAGAUGCCUCUUGCACGUCUGGAAGUGGUUCUGGUCUGCCUUUCCUUGUCCAGCGAACGGUCGCUCGUCAGAUUAUUUUAAUUGAUCUUGUUGGUAAAGGUCGCUACGGAGAAGUUUGGCGGGGACAUUGGCAAGGAGAAAAUGUAGCUGUUAAGAUCUUCAACUCCCGAGAUGAAGAGUCAUGGACCAGAGAAACAGAGAUCUACAACACAGUUAUGCUUCGCCAUGAUAACAUCCUUGGGUUCAUUGCAUCGGAUAUUGCGACACGCAAUUCAGAAACCUGCAUGUGGCUUAUCACUCAUUAUCAUCCAAAUGGCUCCCUGUAUGACUAUCUCACUGUCCACGCACUGGAUAUCCAGCAGAUGCUUUUGAUGGUCUAUUCAGCUGCCUGUGGGCUGGCUCAUCUUCACACAGAAAUCUUUGGCAUGCUAGGUAAGCCAGCCAUCGCACACCGGGAUGUGAAAUCAAAGAACAUCCUCGUCAAAAAGAAUGGGCAGUGUGUCAUCUCUGAUUUAGGCCUUGCUGUGCUGCAUUCAAAGGAAACCAACCAACUUGAUAUGCAUGUUACUAGAAGAGUUGGCACCAAACGAUAUAUGUCUCCAGAAAUCCUGGAAGAAAGGAUAAACACAAAUUCCUUUGAUUCCUUCAAGCAAGCUGAUGUUUAUGCUUUCGGUUUGGUUAUAUGGGAAAUCGCAAGAAAAUACGUUUGUGAUGGCGUUGUUGAAGAAUACCAGCCACCAUUUUAUGACUGCCUACAUCAAGACCCAUCGUUUGAAGAUGUCCGCUUUAUUGUAUCUCUACAGAAAAGGCGACCGGAGAUUCCGACCCGAUGGGCAAAAGACCCGGUCAUGCAAACCGUGACUAAGGUCAUGCAAGAAUGCUGGUAUCACAAUCCCUCUGCGCGACUUUCAUCUUUGCGUGUUAAGAAGUGCCUCGGCCGCCUCUACGAAGAGGUCAACAGCCAGAAUGUCAAAGAAACUGAUAUAUUUCUUUCGGACAAAAAGAGUCUGUACGUGUCUUUAGAAAACGGAAAAGGGUUUACCUCCACCACGACUAGCGGGGUAGAUAGUUAGAUUGCAUUAUGAUAUUCGUUUUCUCUAGAUGAAAUUUCCCAGUUUUAAGGGAGUUGCAUCAUUCUAUUUCCGUUUAUUAUGUGAUGCAAAAAUAGAAUGUCUUUCGUAUAACAUAGAUUAUGCAGCUUUGAUUUUGGAUGCCUACCUUAAGUCCACUGUCUAUGAUUUUAUGCCGGAUUUUAAGGGGUUUGUAUGCUAUCUAGAGAAUCGUCUCGUAAUGAAAUGCAGUGAUCUUCAAUCCUCUGGUAGCUAGUGUUUGAAUAGUUCUCUUUUCAGAUGAAAGUAUUUGAAUUUCCUUAGAGUUGUCUCGCCAGGUAUCACCUUCAUCUUUGUAUUCAACUUGAUAAAUUUAGAACUUUCACAAAGAGAUAGCUUCCUGUAUCUUAAAUAGACACUGGGUGACUGUAUAAAUGAAGCUUAUAUUAGCUGUCUUGAAAAACGUUUAAUAUGUCGCUAACUGCACGGACUUGAGGUAGACACUCGAUAUCCGCGGGUUUGUUUAAAAGGCCGUUAAAUAUUAAGUUGUCAGCAAUUCUUACGGUGAGCAGCACUCGAAGGCACGGGAAAAUGUUCAAACAGUGCUUUUCUACCGCUUAGCAGCAAUUUCUGCCAAAAGUGGCCACUUUUAAAACUUGUCAUGUUUCCGUAGCAAGAUACUGACACUACACUCCCCCUUCAGCAAAGCCAUUUUUAGAGUUUCCGAUAGGAACAAACUAAGAACGUGUUUGAAACUCUGAGGAGUAGCUAUUCAAAUCUAGCUCUUUCCUUUUCCUGGCCUUACCACUUGGCAGACUGAAUGUUCAAAUCUUUUAGAGCCUUCAAAACUUUAGCGGUUAGGUCACAUUUUAGAAAUACUGGUUUCCUUGUAGUCAAGGGAGGAAAGGCAAGGCCUCUUAUGUAUUAAUAUUGACCAGGAUGACCCUGUCGUGGUUGUACAUGAAGUAUUUGUACCAUAUGUUAAUAAACUUAGCUUUCAAUUGAUGUCGGACGUUUUUCAUAUCUAGAAUUGUUUGUAACAGUACUACUGCUUAGCUGAUAAAUAUUUAAACACGCACUUCACAUAAGAUUUUUUCUUAACCUUAGGAAUUUUUAUUGUUUUGUUCCGCAUAAGUACCCCUCAAAUCUGUACAUGAAGGGCUAAAAGUCGAUACGUUUUUUAAUCACUAUAUCACUAUGUUUAUAUGUGAAAUAGAAAUUCGCCUAUGGAUAGUAUCCUCUUCUUGCACCUUGUUGUUUGACUUCCAGGUGCCUGUAUAGAAGGAUUUCCCUCCUGCUAGUAAGAUCCAUUGAUUUUCCGCUUUUGUGCACUAGAGGCUCCUCUGUCCCGGCUACCCGCGACGGUUUUAACUAGGUUCGAUUUAUACUUGUAAAUAGAAUCACGGGGAUUUCCCAACCUGGGACCAGGCUAUACAUAGUACCCCUCCUAUGUUAGAUAUACCAACUAUGUAAAUAGGCCUCAGGUAUUAAAUGGUUGAUUUCUAUAAAUUUUACUAUGCAUUAAUGUACUCAAAAGCUUCGGUAAUCUACUACAGCAAGAAAGCGUCACGAUUGCGGUAUUGAGCAAGUGACUUCCUUAGGCCCUGUUUUGCAUUUUCAACAUGAUAGCAUGUCGCAUGUCUUCAUGUGAAGAUCAGUUUAUCUAAACACCCAGUCUUGAAUACUGUAUAUAAGAAAUCCACGUUUUCGCGCCUUUUGGCUGGUACUAUUACCGUUCACAAUUAAUAUGAUUACUCUGUAUCAUUCUGUGUAUAUCAGUAUUGAAGUAAUUCGAAUCAACCGUUUCUCGGCGAUAAAAUGUUAAAAUAUCAUUCAGUUGAUCAAAGUGAAAUUACAGUUAUGUUACCUCUGAUGCUAUUAUUACUAUAAUUGCUAUUACUAUAAGAACAGUUUUAAAGCAAGAACAAUUUA